AACAUGGGGAAUACGACUACAAAAAAGAUGGAAAGAACUUGGUCUAGGUAAAUGUCUUAAAACAGAAAACUUGGAUGACUGUAUAACUCUCUGUCAUGAUCUUGAACAAUACAAUCCAGAAAUUAAGAAGAGGCAAGAAAGACCAGAAAAAGACCUAGAGUUUAGAGAGCAAGAAGAGUUGGGAAUGGCAGUUAAAAGAAGAGCUAUAGCUGUACAUUGUGCAAAAGUUCCUAAAUCUCAUUCAGAUAAUGGAAGCGAUAUACGAAAAAUGUUAGAAAGCCAAAGAAAGCAGUUUAGGGAAAUACUUGAAAAGGAAUUUGAUAAGCGUGAACAAUUUAAGUUCACUCUAUGUUCUCUUACCAAAUUUCUUAUAGAUGAUAAACCUGGAAAUGAAAAACAGGAAAAAAGAAUUCACGAACUGACUGGCUUAGAAAUACGCAAAUUAUAG